GAACCUGGGUUAACGGUCUCUCACUCUCUCCCCCAUAUAUACUCGAUCUUCUUCAUUACUCCGCUCCUCACUGAAAACUGGGGCAUUGAUUUAUCUGUGUUAGGGUUUUUUAUUCUGAAAUUAAAUCAUCUGGUAAAAAUUGAAGAGAGAAAAAAGAGAGCAAAAAUGGAAGCAACAGCAACAGGAGGAGAGAAAAUUGCAUUGUCCGCCAUGGAUGCGUUUGAGAAGCUUGAGAAAGUUGGAGAAGGUACUUAUGGCAAGGUUUAUCGUGCUAGGGAGAAAGCUACUGGGAAGAUUGUUGCUCUCAAGAAGACUCGUCUUCACGAAGACGAUGAAGGUGUUCCUCCUACCACUCUUCGCGAGGUCUCUUUGCUUCGUAUGCUUUCUCGCGAUCCUCAUGUCGUCAGGUUGUUGGAUGUGAAACAAGGGCAAAAUAAAGAGGGGAAAACUGUUCUGUACCUCGUGUUUGAGUACAUGGACACUGAUCUUAAGAAAUACAUCCGUAGCUUCCGUAAUACGGGGGAUACUGUCCCUCCUCCCAUUAUCAAGAGUUUGAUGUACCAACUGUGUAAAGGUGUUGCUUUUUGCCAUGGCCAUGGUGUCAUUCACAGGGAUCUUAAGCCACACAAUCUAUUGAUGGACCGUAAAACUACGAUCCUUAAGAUAGCUGAUCUCGGCCUUGCUCGAGCAUUUGUCAUUCCCAUCAAGAAGUACACUCAUGAGAUCUUGACAUUGUGGUACCGAGCUCCAGAAGUUCUCCUGGGUGCUACACACUACUCUUGUGGUGUUGACAUGUGGUCUGUUGGCUGUAUUUUCGCUGAGCUCUUGAACAAUCAAGCUCUCUUCUGUGGAGACUCUGAGCUGCAACAACUCCUUCACAUUUUCAGGUUGUUGGGUACUCCAAAUGAGCAAAUAUGGCCAGGAGUUACGAAAUUGAAGGAUUGGCAUGAAUACCCUCAAUGGAGCCCCAAAGACAUUUCAUCAGCUGUCCCUGGAUUGGACAAAGAAGGACUUGACCUGCUAUCUAAAAUGCUGAUCUAUGAACCUUCGAAGAGGAUCUCAGCGAAGAAAGCUAUGGAACACCCGUACUUUGAUGAUCUGGACAAGACCCAUCUGUAGGAGCUUUUGAUGUUAUGAUAUAAUGUGGGUUUUUCUGUUAUUAGCUGACGGCCCCGUGCUGAGACAGACAAGAUUGCUUCUCUCAAGCAUCAUUAGUAGUCCUUAAGGGGUUUGAUUUGUAGCACAAUUUAGUUUUUUCUGUAAUGCUGAAAGAUUUGUUUGGACUUGUAGCAUUCUUUCUGACUGUAGUAUAGCAGGGAAUGUAGUGACAAACCGAUCUCCAUAAUGGUCUUGCUUCCAAGUAAACAAA